AACCCUUAAAAAAACAUGGCUUCUCCCUCCCCCUCCCCCUCCCUCUCCCUCUCCCUCACCUCCUCCAUCCUCCUCUCUCUGAUUCUCAUCUCCACCUCCUCAUCCGAUCAUCAAUUUGAGCUCCUCGACCUCCACCAACCUCCUCAACUCUCCUCUCCCACCACACACCACCAACCACACUCCCCCCCUCUCUCCCUAACCCUCCACCCCCGCUCCUCCCUCCAUCCCCCCACCGCCAACUACACCGCCCUCACCCUCUCCCGCCUCGCCUGCGACCAGGCCCGCGUCCACUCCCUCCUCCUCCGCCACUCCCUCGCCCUCUCCGCCACCUCCGCGCCUGACUUCUCCCCACAGGAGCUCCAGUCCCCCGUCAUCUCCGGCAUCCGCCUCGGCAGCGGCGAGUACUUCGCCCGCCUCGGCGUCGGCCGCCCCGCUAAAAACUUCUACAUGGUCCUUGAUAGCGGCAGCGACGUCACCUGGCUCCAAUGCCGCCCCUGCGCCGCCUGCUACAACCAGUCCGACCCCAUCUUCAACCCCUCCACCUCCUCCACUUACCGCCCCCUCCCCUGCGCCGCCCCCCAGUGCUCCGCCCUCGACACCUCCGCCUGCCGCACCAACGCCUGCCUCUACCAGGUCUCCUACGGCGACGGCUCCUACACCGUCGGCAAUUUCGCCACUGAAACCGUCUCGUUUACCUCCUCUGCCUCCGUCCCAAAUGUUGCAAUCGGCUGCGGCCACCACAACGAGGGCUUAUUCGCCGGAGCCGCCGGUUUAUUAGGGCUCGGCGGUGGGCCCCUCUCCCUAACUUCCCAAAUCAAAGCGACGUCGUUUUCCUACUGUUUAGUAAACCGCGACUCGGCCUCCUCAUCUACUCUCGACUUCAACUCUCCCCGCCCUGCCGAUUCGGUACUCGCCCCUCUACUCGCCAAUCCCCGAGUCAAAACCUACCGCUACAUCGCCCUAUCCGGAAUCGACGUCGGCGGCCGCCCGGUGAAUUUCUCCCCGAGCCUCCUCUCGAUCGGCCGGGACGGCCGCGGCGGGGUGAUCAUCGACUCCGGCACGGCGGUGACGCGGCUGCGGUCUGAGGUGUACGGCGCUGUGAGAGACGCGUUUGCCGGAAUGGCGCGGGGGCUGCCGGCGGCGGGCGGGUUCUCGCUUUUCGACACGUGCUACGACCUGUCGGGGAUGGCGAGGGCGAGGGUGCCGACAGUGGCGCUGCGGUUCGAGGGGGGGAAGACGGUGGCUCUGCGGCCGAGCAAUUUCCUAAUUCCGGUGGACGAAGGCGGGAAGUACUGCUUUGCGUUCGCGGCGACGAGCGGGUCGCUGUCGAUCAUAGGCAACGUGCAGCAGCAGGGGACACGUGUCAGUUACGAUCUCGCUAAUAAAGUUGUUGGUUUCAGCCCAAAUAAAUGCUAGAGCGCAAACUAAUUAAUUUCGAUUCCUAAUUAGUUAAAUUUCUGUCCUUCCAAAGGUGGUAAUUGUAUGCAUUUAUUCCAAUUCAAAUUAGUGCCCAUGCAAUUAUCAAAUUAUAAUAUGCUCUACUGCUUCAACUUA